CCUACUUUCCUAGCUUCCAAAAUCUAAAGCUUUUUAGACACGAAAAAAGGAGAAAAAAAAAAUCAAGAAGAUCAAUAUGGGUAGCUGUGAAGAAAACAUGGCUGCUUGGCUAUAUGGUGUUAAUGAUCUCAGAGUCCUGCCAUACAAACUCCCUGCCCUUGGUCCUCGUGAUGUUAGGGUCAGUAUGAAAGCUGUUGGUAUAUGUGGGAGUGAUGUUCAUUAUCUCAAGACUAUGAGUUGUGGGCACUUUCUUGUGAAAGAACCAAUGGUAAUUGGUCAUGAGAGCGCUGGAAUCAUAGAUGAAGUUGGAUCGGAGGUGACAACACUAGCCCCCGGCGACCGCGUUGCACUCGAACCCGGAACUGGUUGUUGGCGAUGUGAUCGUUGCAAAGAAGGCCGGUACAACCUUUGCCCUGAUAUGAAAUUUUUCGCCACCCCACCAAUCCAUGGCUCUCUUGCCAAUAAGAUUGUGCAUCCGGCGGAUUUGUGUUUCAAGUUGCCGGACAAUGUGAGCUUGGAGGAAGGGGCCAUGUGUGAACCAUUAAGUGUGGGUGUGUACGCUUGCCGUCGUGCUCAGAUUGGCCCUGAGACGAAUGUUUUGGUGAUGGGGGCAGGACCAAUUGGCCUCGUCUCUUUGCUAGCUGCUCGUGCAUUUGGUGCUCCAAGAAUUGUCGUUGUUGAUGUUGAUCGCAACCGUCUGUCCGUCGCAAAAGAGCUUGGAGCAUUUGCGACGGUACAAGUUUCAACCAAAACUGAGGAUAUUGAGAAAGAGGUGGAACAAAUCCAAAAGGCAGUGGGAGGAGUUGGCAUCGAUGUAACCCUAGAUUGUGUUGGUUUCAGCAAAACUAUGAGCACAGCUCUAUCUGCCACGAGAAGUGGUGGCAAAGUUUGCCUUGUGGGAAUGGGACACUGUGAUAUGACUAUUCCCCUCACCCCAGCUGCAGCAAGGGAAGUUGAUAUUCUUGGGGUAUUCCGCUACAAGAACACAUGGCCUCAAUGCCUUGAGUUUUUGAGCAGUGGCAAAAUUGAUGUGAAGCCAUUGAUAACCCAUAGGUAUGGCUUCUCUCAGGAGGAGGUUGUAGAUGCAUUUGAGACGAGUGCUCGUGGCAGUAACGCUAUCAAGGUCAUGUUCAAUCUUUAGAAAAGGGAACAAAUUUUAUGUUUUCUUUUUUGGGGAGGUUAUGGGAGAAGUUGCCCUAUAAAUGUUUCAAGGAUUAAGUGUGUUAAUUCACUUCCUUUUUGGUUUUUUCCUGCUUAAAUUUCCAGGGUUUUUGGAGAGUUUUAAAGCAGGUUGCCUAGGGUUGAUGUUUCUAUGUAUUCAAGUGUUAAUUCCUUUCCUUUUUUCUAUGUAAAUUUUGAUGUUUCUAUGUGAAAGGUCCGAUGCAUCAAUUAUAUAAUCCGUUAUUAGGUUUAAA